AUGGAUAGAUUAACUCAUAAUAAGAUGUAUUUGGAAUCCUCCAAAGAAUAUUUAAUAGAGACAUUAAAAGAAUUUAAAAAAUCAGAAGAAAGAAAAAAAGUUAUACAUAAUAUCCAAUACUAUAUAGGAAUAUUGUCAAAUGUGAAUUUAAAAAAUGUCGAAAAUGAAAAUUUCAAACUAAUAUAUAUUAUCUUGAAAUAUCUUUCAGAAAAUAAAAUAGAUAUUGAAGUUAUGGUUUUAGAUAGAAUUUUACUUCGUUUAAAUUUGAAAAAAAUAUUAGAAAAAAAUAAUAAUAUAAAAUUGAAAUAUAUAAAUAAUAUAUUAUCCUUGAUUAAUAAAUAUGGAAAUGAACAUAUCAAUCCAAUGAAUUUAUUUAACUGUAUCUAUGAGUCAGUAAUUAUAUUGGUAGAAGCUUUUGCUAAUAACAAAAUGUAUGCUAACAACCGGAAAACAAGUUACACCUUGGGUGGAGAAGCUAGUCAGGAGGACACCCAAUCGGAAGCAGACGACGAUGAUGAUGAGGAAGAUGAUGAGGAAGAUGAUGAGGAAGAUGAAGAGGAAGAUGAAGAGGAAGACGAGACGGAGGAUGAGAUAGAGGGAAAGCGAAAGAGGUUUAGCAUCAGUCACAACGACACAGAACCGAUAGAGUUUUCAAAAGAAAUGCCAUUUAGUAAAAAAAGAAAAAUUGAAAAUGAAAAAGGAUAUAAACAAAUUGAAAACAUACCAUAUGAAUUAUGUGGUAUUAAAAAAAUAUAUGAAUAUAUUCUUUAUGUUAAUAAUAUUUUUGGCUUAUAUUUAAAAAAUCCAAAAAUACUAUUUAACGAUGUAAAACUAUACGCACUUUAUAAUAAUUUAUUUGGGUUGUAUAGUUAUGUAUGUGACUAUAUGCAAUAUAUAGAGUUGGAAUAUACAAAAAUGGAAUAUGAUAAUAAAGAAAUGUGUAGCCAUAUUAUUAACAAUUUAUGUCUAUUAAAAAAUAAUAUUAAAAAAAUAAUUAUUAUAAGCAUUGAAAAUGUAAGUCAUAAAUAUUUUAAAACUAUUUACACAGAAUUUAAAAAACAGAAAUAUAAACUAAAUAUAAAUUAUAAUUUUUUUAAUUUUGGGGAGAAUGAAAAAAUAUUUGAAAUUAUUUAUUUAAUAAUAAACAAAAUAUCAAAUGACAAACCUUGUUUUUUUUAUGAUAGCCAAAAUAAAAAAUUAAAUUAUCCACCAAAUUUGUAUAAAAAUAAAAAAGAAAAAAUCCAAUAUUUUUUUGAAAAUGAUUAUGAUUUAAAUCAAAAACAUAAAUUUUAUAAUAUUGCAAAAAUUAGAGGAUGUAUAAAAAUCUUAACUUUGAUAAUUAAAUAUUUUGUAACAAAGGUAGACACUUCAUACUCUUCAGACAUCCAAAAUUUUUUAUUAUUGUUUAUUUUAAUCCCUCAUUUUCAAUUAAAUAUAUAUACUAGUAAAGUUGCUAAGACUGAGCAUUCUAAAUUGUUUAAUAUUGAUAAGUUAGAUCCAAACUAUGAAGUAAGUAAUGCAACCUCUCCUUCAAUGUCUCCUAAUAAAAAUAAAAAACAUGUAGACAAAAAUCAGAAAGAAGAAGAUGAGACUAUGUUGAAAAACCAACUGGAUAAGGCAAUUGCAAAGAAAAAGGAAGAAGACUAUUUUGAGCAUAUAAAUAUAAGAAUACCUAAAUCAUACUACGAUUUUGACAACACAAUUUAUUAUAUUUCUGAUAAGGAAAUAUAUAGUAAUAUUAUAAUUAUUAUAGAGUACUCAAAAGUUAUAUUUAAAUAUUUAUAUUAUUUAAAUAAAAAAGUAGAAACACGAAAAAAUACUUAUUUGUCAUGUAACUUGUUAUAUUUUAUAAAAUAUAUUUUUGAAUGUGCAGUAAAUAGUUUGAUGGAUGUGAAUAAAAUUACCAGCAUCGGAGCCCUUCAAGAGAUUAAUUCAAAAGAUGCAAACAAUAAAGACAAUACAAAUUUUACUAAUAAAUAUGAAAAAAUAUAUAUUAAGGGAAAACCGCAUGUAAUAUUUUACAAUCAUAAAUUGAAAGCAAUAUUUUAUACUUCCAAAUCAUUGAUAAAUAAAUAUUACAAAAGUGAUGAAAAAAGAAAUGACAAUAAUAGUACUAACGAUGUUAUAGAUAAAAUAUUUACACUAAAAUUAAAUGAAAAAAAUAAAAUAAAAAUAAAAAAUAUUAUAUAUAUAAAUUAUUUAAUAUAUUUAUGUCAAACAAAUUUAUUAAAUAUUAUAUAUACUAAUAUUAAAAUACAUAGAGUUGUAUUUUUUUCUCUUUUUUCAUUCAUUAAGCAAGUUAGUGUAACUAAUAGAUAUCAAAAUAUAAAUAAAUUUAAUACAAUAGAGGGGGCUAUAACUAUUAAUAAACAAAAAUGUGUUAAUGAUGUUGUUUAUCAUUUUAAUGAUUGUAUUAUUAAAAAUAUUUUAAAUAUAUAUAUUAAAAUUUUUAAGCUUGAAGAUUUUUUUAAAUUUGUCUAUAUUUAUUCUGGUGGAGAUUCUAAUAUUAAAAAAAUGAAACAUAGACCAACCAAUUUUUUAUUAAACCCUAUAAUUUUAAAUGUAAUAAAAAAUAAUAUAAAUAAAUUGAUAGAUCAAUCAGUUGAUAUAUUUGACUAUUUUAUAAAAACAUAUGAAUCUUAUAUAAAUAAGUUUAAUAAUUUAUUGGAUAAAAUUGUUUCUUUGAUUAAAAGUAAUACCAUAACUUCAACUAACACAAUUUCUCAAGUACAUAACACCACACAAAAUAUUAACAACGUUGAAGGAAAUAGUGUAGAAUCUAUAAAAAAAUAUGAAUGGAUGUAUCAAUCAAUGUUUAUUAAUAUUGAAACAAUGGAAUACAUUAUUUGUUGCUAUAUGAAAUCAAUAAAUAAAGGAGAUAUAAGUGAUAUUUUUUUAAAUUUUAUUGAAAAAAUGUUAGUUUUAUAUUUAAAAAAAAAAAAUAAUAUAAUAAUUUUUUAUGAACAAAUCAGGGGAAAUUUAAUUGACAAACGAACAUAUAAUUAUGAGUAUACUAUAUAUAUAUACAUAUUUUUUUUAUAUAAUAUAUCUAGAUUAACAACAUUUUCAUUGUUAAAUACUAAAUCAAAGGAUAGUAAAAAAUGGCAAGAAAGUGAAAGUCUGAAAAAUAAAUUAUCCGCAAUCAUAUCUUUAUUACAAAAUUGUUUUAAUAAUGUUGAAGCCAUUUAUGAUCAUUCAACUAAGGAAGAAAGUAUUCGAAAAUUUUUCGACAUAUUACACCUUGUCCUUGAGACCCUCUUUUUUUACAUACACCUCGCCGAGUUUGGAUUAUUAGAUAAAAAAAUCCUCCUGGACAACCUCACGAUGGUCACAAGCAUUUUAAAAAAAAAUGCAUUAGAAAAUUAUAAAUACAUAAUGAAGGAAAGAAUAUGCAAUAAUAUUUGUUGCUUUUUUAUUUAUAAUUAUCCUUAUUUAUGUAAAAUAUAUGGAGAUGACAAAGAUUUUGAAGCCUUAUACAUAAACUUUAUUCGAAUAUUAUAUAUCGAUAUAAAUAUAAUAAAAACAAAUUAUAAUUAUAAAACGUUUAUAUAUUUUAUUAAUGUUAUUCAAGAAAAUAAGAGAUUAUAUGAAUUAUUUUCCGAACUAUUUAUUCUACAUGGUAUUUUAAUUAUAAAAAAUUGUAACAACACAUUUAAUUUUAAUAGUAUUGAGGAUAUAGAACAGAAUAAUAUUAAUGAAACAAAUUAUAUAUAUUAUACAAAAAUAUUAAUAAAAAUAAAUAAACAAUUUAUUUAUCAAUAUGAUUGGUAUGAACAAUUUAAUUUGACAAAAAAAAUUAUAUUAUCUAUAAAUAAAAACUUAGACAUCACAGAAAAUGAUAAUGGAAAAUAUAAAGAGUAUAAUAGUUACACAAUUUUUAAAAACCAAGUAAUGGAUAUAUUCUAUAAUAAUAUGGAAAAUGAUAGUCAAAUGAAAGUAAAAAUAUGUUAUGAUUUAUUUAAAGAAAAACAUAUAAAUAAAUCUAUAGAUCAAAAAAGUUUAAUUUUUUUAACUGGUAUAUUUACAGCUUUUAAUAAUAUACAAGGAAUGGAAAGAAAUUUAUAUACACUAUUAUCAACAAUAUUAGAAAAUUAUAAUUAUUAUAAUAUUUAUUAUGAACAACUGUUAAUAAAUAUAUUAAAUUGUUUUAUAAAACAUUUUCACACAAUAAUAGUCAAAGAACAGAUUCAAUUAGCAACCCCUAUUUUUAUAAAAUUAUCUUUUUAUAUAUUUAAAAUUGAAAAACAGAGAAUUAUAGAAAAUAAAAAUAAUAGCUUCCGAAAUAACAAUUUGCUAGCUAUUAAAUUAUUUUUUCAUUUAUUUAUAAUUUUUAUAAAUACAGUAAACGAUACAAAGAAAGAGUUAAAAGAUUAUGAAGACAAGGCUAACAAAACGGAUGACCCUAACAAUGAAGAAUCUCAAGCAUAUAAGGAACAAUCUGCUAAAAUGAAAUACCUAAAAAGUUUAAAAAUAAAAAUAUACUAUAUAUUUUUUAUUAAAUAUUUUAUAUUAACAUAUGAUAAAAUUAGUAAGGAAGAUGAUAAAAAUGAAUUAUCAAACAUUAAUGACGAAGAUAUUUCCUACUUGACUGAAUUCAUGUUUGAUUAUAUUUAUAAAGGGACAACAGAAGAAGUUACAAUGCAUAGUAAUGUUCUAAUUUCUAGACUAAAUGAAUUGAUAAUUAAAUUAAAAACAUUUAUCAUAACAUUACUAAGUGAUAAUAGAAAGGAAACGAUAAAAUUAAAUGGAUUUUUUUUAGAACUUAUUGAAUUUAUAUUUAUAUCAUUUAUUACAGAUGAUUUUAUAUUGAAUGGAUAUCAUAAAACAAUACCUCUUGAAAUUAUGGAUAUGUUCAAAAGCUUUGAUAUAAAAGAAUUGUUUUGCUCUGUUCAACCAGAAUAUAAAACAUUUGUCACUACAGUCUUUACAUUCAUUAUGUGUAUUUUACAAAUUGAGGAGAUAAAGGAGAAGGGUGAUAAAAACAUAAUAAAUAAGAACAAAACAUCAAUUAAAAAAAAUGUAAUGAAUUAUUUUCUUAAUAUCCCUAAUUUAAUAAUAUUUUUUAAACUAUUAUUAUCACAAAAUUUAAAUAACACUAUAUACAAUUUUAAGGACGAAGAAAACAAAAAAGAAUGUAUAAUUAUAUAUGAGUUUUUAUUUAUCUAUAAUAAAAUAUUAAUAGAAUGUCAAGAAAUAAAUUCAGUCUGUGUAUGCUUAAAAUUUAAUGAUAUGAUUAAAACGAUUUUUAAUUAUAUAAAUUUUAAAGUUGAUGAUACUAAAAAUAUAUUAGAACAUAUUUAUCAGAAAAUUAACGAUCUUUAUACAAAAGAAAAAGACAUUAAAAAUUUUCUAUAUUUUUCAAAUAUACAUAUAAUGACAUUAAUAUUUAUUUAUUCUAAUAAUCAAAAGUUUUUAUUAAAUGAUGUAUCUACUAAAAAUAAAACAAACAAUAUAACGUAUUUUAUAAACAUCUAUUUUUAUUUCAUGAAAUAUAUAAAUCAAAUACUUGAUUGGGAGCAAGUUGUCCAGAACACUCAGAUAUAUUUUCUACUAUGCCAUCUUAUUUAUAAGUUGUCUCAACUUUUUAUUUUUUUUUUCAUUAAAAUAAAAGAAUCCUCAACAAAGAACACCUAUUUACAUUUAUAUGUAUUUGCACCCAAUUAUUGUACCCUUAUUAUAAGAACAUUGGAUUUAUUAAAAAAGCAAGUAUUAAAGAUCGAUGAUAAAGAAAAUGAUAAAUUGGAAAACGUUUUUAUGACACAUUUUUACGUUAUAAAUAAUUCCCAUAUAUUUGAAAAAAACAAGUUUUACUUAUACCUAAUUAGUCACCAACUUUUUGGAAUAGUAUAUGAAUUUUUUAAUAUACGGAUAAACGAGCAAAUAAAAAAUCCUCUUAGAACAAUCAAUGAAAUAGUAAAGAAAAGUGGAUAUGCUAUAAACUUUUUUUGCUCCUACAUAGACUCAGUUUUAUAUCUUGAUAGCAGGGUAACCAAAUUGGUACUUCGUAAUGCUAAUAAUUUCGCUCAAUUGUUGAAAAAAAAAAAAAAUGUAAUAGACUUGUCAAAAAUUGCCUAUCCUAUAUUAAUUAAAAUUAUAGAAAUUUAUGAUGUCCUUGUUAAAAAAAAUAUAAUCGAUGAAGAAAAAUAUGAAGAAAAAAAAGCUCUUAAAAAUUUAUUCCAAGAUAUUUUCUCGUUACUUGAUGAAAGCUCUAUUCAAUUAUGUUAUUCAUGCUUGAAUGACACCAAAAAAAAAAUCUUUGAUUUUCUUUCAAAUUAA